GUCCCCGGUGAUGGGGCCUGUGGGAUGUGUGUGGGGCUAUCCCCCAGCAAUGGGGCCUGUGGGGUGUAUUGGAUGUGUGUGGGCUGGGUGGGGGAGGGGGGAUGACGUGGUGUCCAUCCCGUUGUGCAGCCACAGGGGCUGAGGGGGGCCAGCAGCCACCUUUGCUGAGAGACUUCAGCGGGGGAGCACAGGGAGGAGGUGGUUUUUAUUCUCCUGCCUUCAAAACAAACCCCUACUCCCCUCCAUGCUGUGGGGCAGGCGCUCCUGGUGCCCUCCCCAGGGGUCAGGGCUGCCCUAUAAUGACAUCCUCUCAUGCUACCCCACUGGGCCUCCCUUUGUCCCCACUGGCAGCCAUCCUGGAGGCUUUAACUCUGGGGUUUUCAGCCUUGACGUCACACCUUUCCUUCCUAGAGUUUUACAGCCCAAUCGAUGGUGUCACCGGGGUGGGCCGCUGUUCAAACAAACCCACUGACCCUCCCUGGGCUGCCUGAAGGCUCUGCGCUGCGUCUCCCCUGCCCUCCCAAUGGCCAUUUUGCAGCCUCUCAAGCCCACCCCGCAGAGGGGACCAGGGCUGGGUGGUUACACAGGGACGCGCUGUUCCAGCCUGGUGCCAAGUAUGUGCUGGUGUUUGUUUGUGCUUUAAAGCUUGGCACUGCUGAGGAAAUAUGUGCUGGGCGCUGCCCCAAGCUGCUGGAGAAAGCUGAGCACGCCUGUGUUAUUGCUCCUGCUGCCAAGAAUUCGCUUCCCAACAAGGACGCAUUCCUUGGGGCCAUGGGAAGGACUUUGAGGGGGCUGGGUUUCGUCUUGCUGGACCCCAGUGCACUUGGUCAUGCUCUCAUCCUGGUUUGUGGGGGUGGUAGCUGGGGAGAGAGCUGGUGAAGGGGUGCCUUGGGUGGAUGUCUGUUCCUGUUUCUUGCAAGAUCUGGGGCAAGAGGACUUUGGGGCACUUAGGAUGGGGCUGUGCCCUCCUUCGCUGUACCCGACGGUGCACAGUGAUACUAAGGAUAGUAACAGAGGCUUGGGUUUGCUGUGGUUUCUGUCCCCGAAAAUGCUGACCAGAGAGGGCCUUCUUCACAGCGUCAGCUCCCCAUGUCCUCGCUGCCUCCCUGUAGCAGAAAGACCCAUUUGAGAAGCUGUGAUGGUGUUCUCUCCCCACAUCGGGUGUUUUAUCCCCACAUCUGGGGUUCUCCCCAAAUCCCAAGGCAUCCGGAUUGCCUGCCCUUGAGGCCCUGCUGUCGGGGUGGGUGGGAGUUUCCCGGGUCUUUCACAGGGCUGUUUGGGGUUCAGCAGUGAGCCCACCUUCCUGCACCAGGAGGUGAAUCCAGACGCCACUCCUCCCCACUGCAGCCUCUAGCCCAGCAUCUCGCUCUCAUCACAUCUCAGUUCAGUGAUGCUGCGGUGCCUUGGCUGGGUGACUUGGGGCUGACGUCACCUUCCCAGGUGGGGACCGGGGCUCUGCUGCUGUGGGGUAUUUCGGUGGCCUUUGGACGAAGCAGCCCUGGCACGCAUCCCUGGCACUGCUGGCCUGCCCACCUGCGUGCCAUCGGGGCCUGCAGGGAAACCCUUUCCUGCCUCAGAGGGGAUAACCAGGGGGUGUGAUUUCCAGGGGGCCCAAACCCCAGUUUUCACUGUCUUGGGUCUGGUUAGGCAGAAUAAGACCCUGCAGCCAGAGCAGGUUGAGCUGCACUGGUGCUUGGCUCUGCAGGCAGACGGCAGCUGCCUUUGCCCCGGCACCUCUCUCUCCAUCCCAUGCUUUCCCAGAGGCAGGAUGGAGUAGACCACAGUCCCCAGGACACAACCCUGGCACAGCAUCCUGCAAAGGGGUGCUUGGGAGACCUCCUUUCAUUUCUCACCAUUCCAAGCCAAAGCCAUGGCAUUUGCCUCGCUGGGGAGCAUCUGAUCUACCUGCAUUGGUACAGAUACCCGUGGCUUGUUCCCCAGACAUCCUUUGCCCAAACCAGGGCAGAUUUGUCUGGCCUCCUGGGGCACCCACCAGGCCCUUUCACAAAACACCCCUGGCCAGAUCCUGCCUGCAGCCCCGAGGACACAGGGCACUGCCAGAUUUGCAAUGCCACAGCCCUCAUAGAGCCAGUGGAUGCAAGGCGGCUUCGAGUAACGGGAGAGAUGCGAGGCAACCCACUGAUGACUGGAAGAGACGGGGCAGUUCCCCAGGAAUGUCCAGCUAAGCCAGCCAAAGUCUGAGAGGGUUUUAACCAGACAGAUCCAGGUAAAAUGCCGAGUGGGUGGAAAGCAACAUAGAAUCACAGAAUAGUUGGGGUUGGAAGGGACCUAGGUAUCACCUAGUCCACCCCCCCUGCCAUGGGCAGGGACAUCUUCAACUAGACCAGGUUGCACAGAGCCCCAUCCAACCUGACCUUCAGUGUUCCCAGGGAUGGGGCAUCUACCACCUCCAGUGUAAAGCAUAUAUAGCUAGUCUGAAUCUCCCCUCUUUUAGUUUAAAACCAUUCUUCCUUGUCCUGCCACUCCAUGGCCUUGUCAACAGUCCCUCUCAAGCCUUCCUGUAGUGCCUUUAGGUACUGUAAGGCUGCUCUAAGGUCUCCCUGGAGCCUUCUCUUCUCCAGGCUGAACGACCCCAACUCUCUCUGCCUAUCUUCUUAGCAGAGGUGCUCCAGCCUCUUAUGAUCUUUGUGGCCUCCUCUGGACUCACUCCAACAGCUCCAUGCCCUUCUUGUACUGGGGACCCCAGAGCUGGAUGCAGUACUCCAGGUGGGGGGCUCACCAGAGCACAUCACACUCCCCACUUCCCAGCAGUCCUUUCAGCGUACACCAGCAAGGGCAUCCUGGCUCCCUGUGUGUGCCAGGGCUUUGGUCCUGCUGGCCUCAUGCUCGCAGCCCUUCUGGAGGAUGCUUUGCGUUGCAAAAACCGGAAAGAAAGCGGGCUGAGGCAAGCGAGGGACAUGUGGCCCCUUGGAAAAUGGUGCAUGCUGUGAGGACUAUGAGCCGUGCUGGGGGGUGCAUGGUGGGACCCAGCUUUGCUAGGGGGACUCGGGGCACUGCAGCACCCCGUGGUGCUGGGGGAGGCAGGAGGGGUACCAGCACGGAGGUACCCUACGCUGCUGAGGGGCUGUUGCAGAGGACCGAGAAUGGGCACGGCAGCACCGGGGGUGUGGGUGGAGUACCCGGUGUGGGGCCUGGUAGGGCCUCGGGUGGGGGGAAGGGCGGCGGUGCCGCAGCAAGGCCCAGACGAGGCCCGGGGACACACGCACGACACCCCUCCACGGAGGCGGCGACUCUUUCACCCUUUUUCACCCCAAAAAGCCACGGUGAGGAUUGGCCCCCGCCCCAAUAGCGCCGGAAGCAGAGCCGGAAGCGGAACCGGCGCGGCCUCGCCCCGCCCUCGCGUCACCGCCAUAUAAGCGGCAGCGACGCUCACGCCUGUGCAGCUUGUUGCCGGGUCGUGCUGGCCGCCAUGUUCGCUCUGAAGCGGAACGCCGUUAUCGGCUUCAACCUGUACUGCAGCGGCGAUCCGGCCCUGGUGCCCGCCUCGCCAGGGGGGAGCCCGGCGCCGCCGCCACCUGCCGCAGCCCCCGGUGCGGCGGCCGCCGCCGCCGCUGAGGUAACCCAGGCCCUGAUUGGCUCCGCGGGGGUCUGGGCCGCCGCCGGUCGCCCUGAGGCCCCCCGCGCGCUGAUUGGCCCGGCUGUGGCCCCCCGCGCACUGAUUGGUUGUGGCGCGGCCCCCCGUGCGACGCUGCCCCCCACGGCGCGACCGGGCGCGCUGUGGAGCCCCGAGGAGGAGCUGGACGGCUGCGAGCCCGAGGCCGAGCGUGGCCCGGUGGGGGACUCGCUGCCCGGCACGCCGCCCGGGCCGCCGGAGCUGCCCGAUGGCCUGCGGCAGGACUCGCUGGAGCUCAUCAGCCGCUACCUGCGGGAGGCGGCGGGCGAGGCCGAGCCCGGAGUGAAGAAGCUAUUCCCGGGGCUGCUGGGCGGGCCUGGCCGGCCCGGCGGAUCGGGCGAUGCUGUGAUGGAGAAGGCGCUGGAGACUCUACGGAGGGUCGGUGGUGGCGUCAUGCAGAAACACGAACUCGCCUUCCAGGGAAUGCUUCGGAAGCUGGAAAUCCAGAAAGAGGAAGAUCUGCAGUCGGUGUGUGAAGUGGCUGCCCACAUGUUCAGUGAUGGAGUAACAAACUGGGGUCGAGUGGUGACACUCAUCUCGUUUGGUGCCUUUGUUGCGAAACACCUGAAAAGCAUAAAUCAGGAGAAGUGCAUCAGCUCGCUGGCAGGGAUCAUCACAGAUGCGCUCGUCUCAUCUAAGCGCGAGUGGCUAAUGAGCCAGAGAGGCUGGGAGGGCUUUGUUGACUUCUUUCGAGUUGAGGACCUAGAAGGCAGCAUCAGAAACAUACUGAUGGCGUUUGCAGGUGUGGCUGGUCUGGGAGCGAGCUUGGCCUACAUGAUCCGGUGAGCUCAGGGUAUGCUGCAGAGGGACAAAACUCUGGGUGGACCACCUCUGGGGCUGGCGAGCUGAUCCCUUCCUCCUGUGAGUACUUACGAAGCUGGACUUGAGUGACCCAAGGAGGAUAUCUAGGCAUCCCUGGAGCAAUCCUUUCCUAAGAAGGAAGGUGUGAUCUGGUCAGAUUGUGGGUACCAAUGAGGAUCUAUUGCUUUGGGAACAGAAAGUGGAAGAAUUGAUAUUCUGCUUCCUUCAAGAGGAUGAUGACAGAAAGCUCAAGUGGACUGCUUCAGUCUUAUCCUGGAGGGAACUGAUCUGCUUAGCAGCAAGCCAGUGAGCACUAGCAGCUCUUGUCUGGACUGAAGCCUCCUGGGCUUGGCACGGCAGCUGUGUGUGGAGCAGAUGUUUCAGGGUUGUGGGUUUCUGGAAAUAGCGUCUUCUGCUGCUGGUGUCCUGCCUAAACUUGCAGCUUUUCUGUUGGAGCAGAAGCAUUGAAUGCUGGGUGUUGUGUGAGCCUGGGCCUCCCCCAGGUGUGCUGGCGAGCAGGUUUUCAGCUGUUGCCGGAUCUGCAUGCAUCUGCCCUCUGGAAGCAGUAGAGCCAUUCCAGCAGCAAAGACAUGUGACCUGCUGCCAGAACAUGGGGUGCCGGACCCCUGCAUGGCCCUCUCCCUCCCAGCAGGGCUUCAGCCGGGUCACUGAGCAGGCAGAGCAGCCUUGGGGUCUGGGGGGUGAGGCGGGGCUCGGGGCGGCAACCACAGCCAGCUGUGGCCACGUUGGCCUGUCUGGCUGAUCUCAGCUACACCGAUGCGACUCACCACACACAGGCAGUUUAAAAAUAGGGAGUGCAUUUGUAAAUAUGUAAAACCCCACAUGGGGUGGGGAGGCUGUAGAGAAGCUGUAAAUAUCUACAAAUCUGUAGAAUGUGUACAUUUUUUACAGAGCUAAUGAUAAAAAAAGGAGGAAUUUUGAAUGUGGUAGAGCUGCUUAUGGGUGCACUGUACUUCAUUCCUCAUGUGAAGUAGCAUUUUUGUGGUGAAGCCUUCUCCUGCCUUGACUCCAAGCGAGCCUUUCUCUGAUGUACUUGAGCAAUGUUGCCAGGGAGUGUAACGAGCAUUGGUGGCCUGGUGGACUCUCAUUGUGCCCACAGCUUGCUGGCAACAGUUGAUGUUUCUGUUUAUUUUAGUCGUUUUGGUUAUUCUAGCCCUUCUAGUGGGUGGGGAGCUGUGGAAGUUGGUAUCAGUCACUUCCUUGUCUUCCUGUCAUUUUGGUCUUCGAAGCCAUGAGUCGAACGAAGCUGAUGUUUGAAUGUAAAUGUUCUGGAGCAGAAUAAAACUUGUCGGCUCAGAUCUGCAGCUUGUGCAAGUCCAUCGGUGUUGGCCCUGGGCUUGGUCCCUGGUCCCCAGCUGGUAGUGCUGCUUCUCGGUGGACUUGCAGUGCUUGUCUGCCUCGUGCCCUCCAACUGUGGAUCGGUUGGUUUUUGGGGAGCUCCACUCUGUGGGACUAGGUCCUGCACAGUGAGGAACAUGCUCCCCCCUGGUGCUUGACCUGCAGCCUGAGUGAUGCCCAAUGGAAACUCAAGUGGAGAGCUGAAAGAUGGUGCUAUUGUCAGGCCUGCUUGUUUGCUGAACAAGCACUUAGUUUUGUCAAUAAAUGUCUCUUGUUCUCAA